AUGCUUCAAACCCUGACCGAAACGGCCUUAGCUAGACGAUGGGCUCCCUCAUUGUUUUCGAGGCUAUGUAGUCAAUUACAGGACACGUGCGAAGUAUCACAGGCGGAGCUAGACUGGAUGCUAGAAGCGGUUGUCGCCGAUAACGUUCCCAACGUGCCGUUACUGGAAUACAUCCUCACCGUCGCUCUCGACCAAAAGUCUGUUCUGCCUCUGGAGACAUUGCUGGCUCAAUGGGCGUCCAAAUCGCCUGAAAACCGUUCGCAGUCAGACAAACUGCUCAUGAUUUAUAUUUCCCGGGGAAUUUCGCAGUUGCGCGUCACACCAGACCGAGUAGCCCGGCUAGGAGAAGCCCUUGAUGUCAUUCUGGAUCAAGCCAUUUCGGGUAGCCCUGAAAGCCUGUUUCUGCUGCAUAAAAUGGGGAAUAAUGGUGUUUUGCGGCGUAUUGCAGAUCUUAAUUAUGAAUGGCGGCUGAAAUGUGAAGCCAAAGUCCGCAAUCUGGCCGGCCCAGAAAUCGCUGGACUGUUCACUUUUGAUACUUUGGAAGCUGCAACCGGUGAAGCCGUUCAGGUCGACACGGUAUCCUACACUCCAUCAAAGACUUUCAGAUUGUUGUGGCUCGAUACUGCGGUGUCUAGGCUCGAGCAUCUCGAAAGUUCGGCGUUUUUGCAGCAGUUGGAUAUUCUCUGGCCAAACGAACGAACACCCACGCUUAUUUAUGAGCUGACGCUCACUGCUUUUGAUGGAUGUGCUGUUGCUGCUAAUUCUCCAGAAAGUGCCGUUAGCUUCGGGCUUUGGACGGGUUUAUUGUUGAAAAGACUGCCCCUCGUCAUUCAAGAUUUGCUUGCUCGCGAUUCAGCAAAUCCUACCGCCGAUAGCGCCCUAUCAAGAGUUUUGACUACAAUGGAUAAAAAGAUCAUUGAAAUUGUGGAUGCUUCUGAUCUCCGAGCAAGUUUUAUUCGGACGUGCAUUGAUCUGGGGGUAUGCGAUUCCACGGUACUGCAUGUUCUUCACAAAAACCACCCUGCUCGCCACGAAGAUCCUACGGUUGCUCUAGAGGGUACCAUCAAAGUGGAUGAUAUCGCACGCAAUAUUAUAGCCCAAGACUUUGAAAAAGUCAGCUGGGAAACUAGCAUUGCCGUAAAGCUUGUCCAUGAAUAUGCGAGCCAUGGACCGUUGCGUCAAAAGGCGAUUGGUUCACAGUUCCUGAAACUAUUUCUGAAAUCCUCCUCAAUUUCUAUGCGGCAUCACGUUGCUCUGCUUUGCGGUGCUCUCAUUGUCUACCCUACAGCUUGCGACCAUUUAUUCCUGCAUGUGCCAUUGCGGGUUGUCCUUGACGUUUUGCUUGCUCAUCUGGACAAUGCGGCCAAUGCAGCUAUUACCCAGGCAGCAGGCUAUGGCGAUGCUGGCACCAUACUGGAAUUUUUGCAAUUUACCUUUGCUCGCUAUCAGCUUGACAAGCAAUUGCUCGCCGAUCCUCGUAAUAACAUGCACUACAGGUCAUCAUGGUCUCAAACGUUUCUGCUAAAAACUCCAGGUGAGUACCCUACAGUUUCAAACCUGAAUGAUACACAAUUGAAACUGCUGGGAUUAUGGAUCGGUGGACUAUUCGGUGGUCAGGGUAUUGGUGAUGCUGCUCUCCAACCGUACGGUGAAGUACUAUCUAUCUUGCCCGCCUUGGUGGGACAGGUAGCAAGUGCACUCCAGCUUAAUGUCAUUAACCAGGAAACUCUUGCUCUGAGCUUGGAAUACUUUAUCCAGCCGGGCCUUACCCCACUGCUGGCUAUUAUUGUUGACCAAUUGUGCCAUGAUCUCUGGUUGCAGCACAGUCCCUUGGGCACGCUGCAUAUUGUUUCUGCCUUACUUCAGGUACUGCAGCGAGAAAACAGCCGGCCGGCCAUCAAGGUGGUGGGGGCUGUAGUACUACCCAAAAUUUCAGCCGCGUUGGCGUGGCCGGCCGUGUCUUCGCAUCCUGAUCCCGCCGUGGCUGCCGUAGCAAGAAACGCAAAGUCACUGGUUUCACAUCUUUAUCCGUCUCCCGCUGAACCCAAGCCAUUAUCCGGAUCAUUAGCGACCAAUGUAUCACAAACUGUUUCGGCGCUCCAGAGAUGGCAGGAGCGGUCUGUUGGCCUGCCAACCAUCAACCGCGGAGUGUUCAAGCGAGCGAUCCCCGUGCUGGGGCCAGAAGAAACGCGGAAACUAAUUGAAAAAGAAAGUAAAGGUGGCGCGGCGUCUACGGAGGUCGAGGUUGCGCUUUUGGUUGUGUACGGGUCGAUCGAGUUCGGCCAGUCGCAAAACAGAGACGUGCUCGAUGCCCCCGGGCGGGAGUCAGUGACCAAAAUCGCCCGCGAAUACGCCUCCAGAUUCAAGGAGGUGAUUGACUCGUCAUCGAGAGAAGAGGAGUCCAUGAUCAGCCAGACGGCCGGAGGAUCGCCCGGAUCGGCCGUUCCAGAGCAUGUGGCUCCCCAUACCGAGAUUGAUCUCGUGAACGAGCCAACCGGCAUUGUGCUGGAUCCGAUGGAGGGCGACUUCAGCUACGGAUUCGAUCUCGACACCGGGCCAAUGGACCUGGACGAGCUCGACUCUGCUAUGAACUUUACCGAUCUGCUUGAAUGA